UGAUAAUCGAACAAAAAAAAAAGGAAAAAAGUUAUAAAUUAGACCUUCCUUCUUUUUCCAGAAAUUUAAAUUCCAUAUGAGAUUCCCCCAAAUUAGUCCAAUUCAAUGGAGGAAUUGAAACCCUAGGCUGCAAUUUAUGAGAGAGCGGUGUUUUCUGAGGAAGAAGAAAGUGUUUUUUCUCAUAGUAGGAAAAAGUAUAAAUUUCUAAUGCAUGUAGCAGUGGAUCUGAAUUCCUACUUGCAAUUUGUAUUGACGGCCAUAGCCGUCGUAGUUACACUACUUUACCUUGUUAAGAGCACCGCUUCUAAGUACUUUGUCGUUGACGACGACUCUAAUUUUGAGUCUUCUGCUUCGCCGACGGCCGGUUUUGGUGAUCGCAGAAUGGACCCGGCAACGCCGGAAGGUUGCGCCGUAUGCAGUAAUGUCACCAAAAAACAAUGCUCUCGUUGCAAGAUGGUUAAGUACUGCUCUGAAGCUUGCCAGAGAUCUCAUUGGAACUCAGGGCACAAAUUUAAAUGCAAGGAUUUACAGUUAUCUGGGAAAGGCAGUUCUUUGCAAGGGAGGAAAUCUUCUGCUGUUUCACUGACUCAUGCUAGUGGAACCUCUAAGAUUCUAGACCAUUCGAAGAAGGUACUUUUCCCAUAUGAGGAAUUCUUGGAACUCUUUAACUGGGAUAGCCCAGGUUUCCCACCUUGUGGGCUCCUUAAUUGUGGAAACAGUUGCUUUGCUAAUGUGGUUCUACAAUGUCUGACAUAUACUAAGCCACUUGUUGCCUACUUGUUGGAGAAAGGCCAUCUGAGAGAAUGUAGGCGGAAUGGUUGGUGCUUCCUUUGUGAAUUUCAACACCAUGUAGAACGGGCUAGUCGGAGUCAGCAGCCCUUCUCACCAAUCAACAUACUUUCACGGUUGCCUAAUAUUGGUGGUAAUCUUGGGUAUGGUAAGCAGGAAGAUGCCCAUGAAUUUAUGAGGUUUGCUAUUGACAUGAUGCAGUCUGUGUGCCUUGAUGAAUUCGGUGGAGAGAAGGCUGUUCCUCCUAACACACAGGAGACAACACUUAUUCAGCACAUAUUUGGUGGUCACCUGCAAUCUCAGGUCAUAUGUACAGAAUGCAGUAAUGUUUCAAAUCAGUUUGAAAAUAUGAUGGAUCUGACAGUAGAGAUUCAUGGGGAUGCUGAAUCUUUGGAGGAGUGCUUAGAUCAAUUCACAGCAAGAGAAUGGCUUGAUGGAGAUAACUUGUAUAAAUGUGAUGGAUGCAAUGACUAUGUCAAAGCAUGGAAGCGCCUAAUGGUUAGGAGGGCACCAAAUAUCUUAACAAUUGCCUUGAAAAGGUUUCAGAGUGGUAGGUUUGGCAAAUUAAAUAAGAGAGUGACUUUCCCUGAAACACUAGAUCUCCAUCCGUACAUGAGUGAAACAGGAGACGGCAAUGAUAUUUACAAGCUAUAUGCAGUUAUUGUUCAUGUGGAUAUGUUGAAUGCGUCAUUUUUCGGCCAUUACAUAUGCUAUAUCAAGGAUUUUCGUGGAAGUUGGUACCGGAUCGAUGACUGCAAGGUGGUUAAUGUUGAUUUGGAUGAAGUGCUUUCUCAAGGAGCAUACAUGCUCUUAUAUAGCAGGAUCUACCCUCGGCGAACAUCCGUAUUUCCUCUUGGACCUUUAGAGAAAGAAGACCAAGAUACACUUAAAGUGGAAGACAAACCGGGUUCCACAGACCAACAUGUUGAAUGUCUCAGUGAAACGGGGUCUCCGGCUACAGUUGUUAAUUCUUUUUCAGCGCCAACUCUUAAUGGUUCAGAAUCUAAGAUCAUUGGGGACAAAGAGGAGCUAUUCUCCUUGACCAACCCCGAGGACAGAAUGGAGGAUCAGGAGGUAGAUUUUGUGGCAAGUUCUCAUGUCCAGCAGGAGCUGCAGGAUGUUAAACCAUACACUGCAGCUAUAGGAACUUCUUUCCCUAGAGUGGUAUCCAGUAGUUCCUUUGGGGGUAGUUUUUCGGCUGAAGCUGACAUUCAAGAAUGUGAAACAAUAUCCCCUGUUUCUGACAGUAAAGAUGAUACUGAACCAUGUCAAAGAACCACCAAUGACUGUCUUUUGAAUUCUUCUUUUAAGGAGGAUUCUGUAGCUACAAAUGGUGAAAUUCUGGAUGAUGCUUCAUCCUCUGCGUCAAAAUUUGGGGGCAUCUCAGACAAUGAGAAGUUACAAAAUUCUUCUGAAAUGCCAAACAUAGCUAACCAGAAAGAAAAAAAAUCAUCUCAUGGAAUCCACAAUGUGGUCCUGAAAUCACAUGGAGGGAGUUUCUCUGGAGCAAAGUCGAAGCCACUGUUUUCCCCUGGGUUUCUUGGGAAACGUCCAUUGAACCAAUGUGCCAAGAAAGAUGUCUCACGGAAAGUUUGCAAUAGCACACUUAAUGGUCUGACAAAUGCCUGUACCAAGCCUGAAUUGUCUGGUGAAAACCACAUGGAUAUGGAUGACCAAGAUACUAAUGUGGAAAUAAAAAAUUCCGAGUCUAGUAAUGUGUCAAUUGAACAAGCUGCAAUUUCUCUUAAUGAGACUAACCAUUUGUAAAUCUGGGGAAUCAAGUCACCUUGGGAAUGGAGAUUCUGCUGUCCCUGUUGAAUGUGAUUGGAGCAACAAUCAGCUAUCAGCAAUAGCUAGAGCCUGGGCUUAGAUAGUAAAUCUUAUGGAUGAGCUGAAAUAGAACCUCUUAAGUGUCAAGGAAGAAGUUGGAUAACUCCUACAAGAAUUCAGAGAAGAUUACUUGUGUCAAAAUUCUAUAUUAUGAUUGUUUUCCCAUUUAACCCAUUUUUAAGUUUUCUAGAGGUCUAAUUCUUUACCACAAGGGGACACUGCAUAGCUUUCUCUUUCAACAUUGUCAGAGAGCUUCUUCAGAUGUUGACAAUAAACUGGAAAAAAUCAUCGUACCCCCCUCGUCACAAUAGAACAAGCUGGGAAUUUUUUCCAGGGUUUCAAUAUUUGAAGGAAUCUUGGAUAAACUUGUGUCCUUUUGGCUGGGUUCAUCUAGCGAGAAGGAAUUGUCCACAAUACAUUUGUGGCAUGGAUAGAAGUGCCAUAAUUUUGAGAAGUUCCAUUAAUUGGAUGCUGUUAUUGGUGCCUAAGCAUCUUUUGUAAAUGCUAAUUCUUUUGUUCUUAUAAUUGUUCAACACUGGGUGCUGUAGUUUAGAAUGAUAAUUCUUGUUUACUUCUCAUUUAGCAGCAAAGUUUAGAAGAUUGCGGGGUGGGAUUUGGUUAAGGGGAUGGAAGUGGUACAGCUAGUUGUAAGUCGUUUGUCAGGUCUGCCAUCUUUCACAUGUUUUAGGUUCGACUUUCACUGAACUUACUCGUAUAGUCAUUUGUUCUCUUAAGAUUGAGAAAACACUGUUUAAAUCAUUUAUACUGGUCCAUUUGGUUAUUGAA